ACAAUACUGUGAUAUCUACCCGGAAUUAUAAAUAGUUUUCAUGUAUUACGUUCGGCCAUUUGCAGAAGCCAGAGCGGAGAUAGCCGGCCCGGCGGAGAAAUUUGUGAGACCUGGUAGUACACUGCAGCUUCAUUGUCUGGUAAAGAAGUCUACAGAAGUACCCUCGUAUCUCUUCUGGUAUCACAAUUUCCGUAUGAUUAAUUACGACGUCGAUCAGGGUGUCAACGUCAGCACUGAUAUCAUCAACCGAGAGAGUUGGUUAGAAGUGCCAAGAGCAUCGGAUCGCCAUUCGGGCAAUUACACUUGCAAAGCCAGUAAUGCGCAGCCGGCACGAGUACUAGUGCAUGUUUUUAAAGGCGAUAAUCCUGCCGCCAUGCAGCAUAGCAUGGCAUCAUCACCGUCAAUGAUGGCUUGCACUGCUUUGUUCACCAUGUUUGCCACGAUCAAACUAGUCCUGCAGACAAAUUGGAGUUUGCGACGUGCGUAAAUUCAAACGAGGAUAUACAUGGAGUGACUCAGUUUUGAUCGUCGAAAUUAGAAUGGUAAUAUGGUAUGAUAGUUCCAGUUAAAGAUUCAGCAUUAUUGUUGAAAUAGUGAAUUAGAAUUUUUUAUUAGAAUUUUUGAAACUGCAAGAUUGAUUUCGAUUUCUAAUUUCAAUAAUAAAUAAUAAAUGUAAUAAAGUGAGGAUAUAUUCAAAAAAUAAAAUAUAAUAGAUGAUAUCUUACUCAGCAGGUAGAAUCUCAGGUGCCUCAUUUUCUUUUUGAAUUUAUAUAUACAAGAUGGUCUUUGUAUUGAGCAUAAACAUGAUUUUUUAAAUACUUUCGAUGAAUUAACGAUAAAAUGUUUCAAACAAAAGUUU